AUGGCGUCAAGCAAGAAGGGUGGAGGCAGCAGCAAAUUGGAGAGAGGUGUGAAUGGAAAACGCUCAUCUAAAUUGAAAGAGGGUCCUGUUGUCUCAACCGCUGACCUUGACAGCACCCACCUGACCAGAGGGGAAACUGACAUGGACAGAACAUUGAACUCGGAUGCCGUGAUGGACACACAGGGGGUGUUUGCAGCCUUGUACAGCGUGUGUGAAGAAAAUGCUGCUUUCUUCUCGGGUGGAGCCAAGGGGUCGCAUGGUGAUGCAGCCCGACGGCUGGUAGAGGCCAUGAAACUGAUCCAGGAGCACGCUCGCAGUCUGGAGCCGGUUAUUUCAGGCUUUGCUGCUGUUUACCAUCAUUUUGACUUUGACCCACACAUCCCUGCUAAUGGCUACCGCUCACUGGUCAAGGUCGUACGUUGCUGCCUUCUCCAUAUCAUCCACAAGGGGCGCUACAUCACAGCUAACCGUCGCAGCAUCUUCUUCAGAGUAGCCCAUAACGCGGGCGAAAUGGAAGCGUACUGCAACGCUCUGUGCCAGCUGCGUGCCCUGCUUUAUCUGGCCCAGCGCAUGCUACAUGACAACAGCCAUGGCAACCUGUUUUUCCAGGAUGAAAGUGGACUCAGUGAGACUUUUGUCCGUGAAUAUGCAUCAAUGCAUAAAGGAUGCUUCUAUGGCCGUUGUCUGGGCUUUCAGUUCACUCCAGCUAUUCGACCAUCUCUUCAGACGAUUGCUAUCGGCCUUGUGGCCUUUGGAGAAAACUACAAGCGCCAUCAGUCAGGAAUAGUGGACACAGGAGGUAUUGCACCUUAUGGUGUGGCAGCCAGCUCUUUCUUCACCUCUGGGAAGUAUGCCAUCGACCCCGAGUUGAGAGGGGCAGAAUUUGAACGCAUCACCCAAAACCUGGACGUCCAUUUCUGGAAGAGCUUCUGGAACAUCACAGAGACCGAAGUCCUGUCAAGUCUCGCUAGUAUGACAUCCACUCAGGUCAAGGUGAACCGAGCUCUUUCAGUCCCCGCCGUGCCCUUUGACCUUCCACAGGCAUCCAACCACAGAGCGUCUGUGACCAUAGCUCCACCAUCAGCCCACACCGGCCCUGCUCCUGUUCAGAUGAGACUCAUCUCCUAUGAUUUGCGUGAAGGGCAGGACAGUGAAACUCUGCUAUCUCUCUGCCGCUCUGAGGGGGGUGCCAUUUCUCUAUCGCUGGGACUGAAGACCAAACGCCUUCCUUCUUCUCCCUGCCUCCUGAUCCACUUCCACGGUGGAGGCUUUGUGGCUCAGACCUCCAAGUCCCAUGAGCCAUAUCUGAAGAGUUGGUCCCAGGACCUUGGAGUCCCUAUCCUAUCAGUGGACUACUCGUUGGCCCCUGAAGCCCCCUUCCCUAGAGCACUGGAGGAGUGUUUCUACGCCUACUGCUGGGCUCUAAGAAAUCAUCACUUGCUAGGGUGGACUGGAGAGAAAGUGUGUUUGGCUGGUGACAGCGCAGGGGGAAACUUAUCUGUGACAACAUCAAUGCGUGCUGCUGCCUUUGGUGUGCGGAUGCCAGAUGGCAUUGUGGCAGCCUAUCCAGCUACCUUACUGACGGCCUACGCAUCGCCCUCCCGUCUGCUUACGCUUAUGGAUCCCCUGCUGCCUCUCAGCGUGCUUUCCAGGUGUCUCAGUGCCUAUGCAGGUAAUGAGCCGCAGACUGAAAAGCAGGUAGAAAAAGUGAGCACGCUGAGCCUGGUGAAGAGAGAUACAGCACUGCUGCUGCGAGAUUUCCGGCAGGGAGCCUCCAACUGGAUCCAAUCUCUGCUGGAUCCCAACAGAGCUUCAGCGUCCUCCAGCACAGCUGCAGAGGCACCACCAGGAGCUUCUGAUACACCAACAACUGGUGUGUUGAGGCAAAGUGUUUCAGCUGCAUCUAUCACUUCCCCUCACGCUGACCCUCCUGUGCCAAACGAGCCGUCGGAGUCUCCCAGCAGGAAAUUAUCUGUGAAGAGCAAGACAUGCCAGGACUUGGGAGCCCACAACAACGCCAUCCCCCAAAGCCCACCGCUGAUCUUGGAGGAAGCAACAGAAAAUGUGAGUUUCUUCCUCUCUGGGGAAAAUGAUACCUCCACGUCCUACGACUUGUCUUCUGUGGCCAUUCCACCCCCUGCUAGAGAGGAUGGAUCAGAGCUGGAGCACCCCAGGGAGUUUCCCCUGGGCUUUGAGCCUCUGCGAUCUGAGCAGCUGGCUGAGAUGAGGAUGCAGAGCUCUCCAGUGGUCAAGGAUCCUUUCUGCUCACCUCUGCUGGCUCCUGACACAAUGCUCAAAGGGCUGCCUCCUGUGCACAUAGUGGCUUGUGCAUUAGACCCCAUGCUGGACGACUCGGUGAUGUUUGCCAAGCGUUUGAGGAGCGUAGACCAGCCUGUCACUCUGUGCGUAGUGGACGACCUCCCCCACGGCUUCCUCAGUCUAUCGCAGCUCUCCAGGGAGACGAAGGAGGCCGCCAACGUCUGCGUGGAGCGAAUUCGCACCGUCUUCACCCAGAAGGACACCCCCCCAGAGCCGCGCAAACACCGCAAACUGGAACGGACCGAUGGGGGCGUAUCGGCUCCUUCUGGGGAAACUUGUUCCCCUUUUGUUGGCUCCUAUGAGGACGCAGAGCCAGUUGUGGGGAGAGGGGCUAAAACUGCUGAUGGGGAGGACUCUGUUGCUGUGGCAGCUCAGAAUAACACUGACGCUGGUGGCAUCGGUGCUUAAAUACAGCUAGAUUAAAUUUAAAAGAAGGACCAGCUCAG